AUGACGAAGGGUGGUGCGGAGCGCAAUGUCGUUUUGGCGAUUGAAGCUCUUUUCCCUGCACUCAAGGAUUUGGAUAUAGGUCAUCUUCGUGAAUCGGAGUUUGCUGCCUCUUUCAUUCAUCCUCUUGUCCAAGCAUUACUUUCUUGUGAAAAUGACGAUAAAGUUGCAAGAUGUACUAACACCCUUCCAGACAAUGGUACUGAUGUGAAUCGACGUUCAGAUUACAAAGUCAUGAUGUAUGACCAGUAUCAACCUUCCUAUCGAACAUGUUUUAGGGGAAUCAAAGGUGAAGGAUCAUCCGAUACACUAUCAAUAAUGAACUUCUAUCGUUUGGGCGUGUUCGCCAAAUUGGAAAUGGUAUCCAGUAACAUCAACGGUGUGCUGUGCUUCCAAGCGCUUGGAACAUCAAUCAUUUUACACAAUGGUCCAUACGUAUUCCACCAUUUAUGCAUUUGCAGCACUUGCAACCAUUAUAAUACCAAAGACCAAAAGCAGUAUCAUGUUAAUGACGAGCAUUUUGGAUUACCUUUAUAA